AGCCCCCAAAUUUCAUGUUUUCUUCGAAAGGGUUUCUCAGAAAUUAUUGAAGGAAUUGCUGGUAAAGUGCUACAUGCGUUAUGCAUAAAAGAUGUUGUUCGUCUCAGCACAUUCUAUGAGAAUACCUUGGUUAACAUGUACUCUAAGUUUGGUGAAAUAAAGUAUGCAAAACAUGUGUUUGAUAGAAUGUUGGAGAGAAAUGAAGCUUCUUGGAAUACCAUGAUGUCAGGGUUAGUUCGAUGUGGUUGGUACUUUGAAGCGAUGCAUUUUUUCUAUCAUAUGCUUGAAAACAAUGCCAAGCCUAGCAGUUUUGUAAUUGCUAGUUUAGUGACUGCAUGUGAUAGGUCUGGCUGUAUGAUUGAAGAAGCACUUCAAAUUCAUGGUUAUGUUGUCAAAUAUGGUUUGUUCUCUGAUGUAUUUGUUGGUACUUGUCUUCUGCACUUUUAUGGUUCAUAUGGUCAGUUAUGUGAGGCCAGCAAGAUAUUUGAGGAGAUUAUUGAACCAAAUAUAGUGUCAUGGACUUCUUUGAUGGUGACUUGUGCAGAUAAUGGAGAUCAGGAGGAGGUUAUUAAUAUUUAUCAGCUUUUGAGACGCCAUAGAUUUUAUUGUAAUCACAAUACAAUUGCUACAGUAUUUAGGUCUUGUGGGAUGCUUGGGGAUAAACUUUUGGGUCAUCAAGUCUUGGGGAAUGUGAUUAAAUCUGGAUUAGACAAUAAUGUUUCUGUGGCAAAUUCCCUCAUAUCCAUGUUUGGUAGCUGUAGUAGCAUGGAGGAGGCAUCUUAUGUGUUUAAUAAUAUGAAGGAACGUGACACAAUCUCUUGGAAUUCUAUCAUUACUGCAGCUGCACAUGGUGGUCGUUGUGAAGAAUCUCUUCGAAACUUUUCUUUGAUGCGUAAUAGUGAUACAGAAACAAACUAUAUUACAAUUGCGGCCUUAUUAUCAGUGUGUGGCUCUGCUCAAAAAUUGAAUUGGGGAAGAGGACUUCAUGGUCUUCUUGUAAAAUCUGGACUAGAAUCAAAUAUUUGUGCAUGUAAUAGUCUCUUAACUAUGUAUUCUGCUGCUGGAAAAUCUGUGGAUGCAGAGUUUGUAUUUCAUACAAUGCCAGACAGGGAUUUAAUCUCCUGGAAUUCCAUGAUGUCAUGCUAUGUUGAGGAGGGAAUGUACCUAGAAGCCAUACAACUUUUCAUUGACAUGCUCUGGACUAGAAGGGCAAUGAACUAUGUUACUUUCACAAGUGCAUUGGCUGCUUGUUCUAAUCAACCAAACAUAGUUGAGGGAAAAAUUGUUCAUGCUCUUGCCAUCCUUUUUGGUCAACAUCACAAUUUGAUUGUUGGUAAUGCAUUGGUUACCAUGUAUGGGAAGUCCAAUUUGAUGUCUCAAGCACUAAAGGUGUGCAAAACCAUGUCCAAGAGAGAUGAAGUAACUUGGAACGCCCUCAUUGGUGGCUUUGCUGAUAAUGAACAAUCACAUGAGGCAUUGAAAGCUUUUAAUUUGAUGAAAGAAGAAGGUGUACCUGCAAAUUAUAUCACAAUUGUGAAUGUUCUUGGUGCUUGCAUAUCUCCUGAUGAUCAUUUAAAACAUGGAUUGCCCAUCCAUGCACACACUAUUGUUACAGGCUUUGAAUUAGAUACAUAUGUUCAAAGUUCCCUCAUUACCAUGUAUGCCAAGUGCGGUGAUCUCAAUACAAGUAAUUUCAUUUUCAGUGAAUUAGGUUGUAAGACCUCUAGUGCUUGGAAUGCUAUUAUUGCUGCAAAUGCUCAUUAUGGGCCAGGUGAAGAGGCCUUCAAACUCAUUGUAAAAAUGAUGAGUGCUGGGGUUCGUUUAGAUCAGUUUAGUUUCUCUAUAGCUCUUGCUAUUAUAGGUAACUUGACUGCAUUGGAUGAGGGUCAGCAGCUCCAUGCCUUGGUUAUUAAACUUGGGUUUGAGUCUGACCAUUAUGUGUUAAAUGCUACAAUGGAUAUGUAUGGAAAAUGUGGGGAAAUUGAUGAUGUGUUAAAAAUUGUUCCUCAACCAAGUAUCAGGAUUCAUAGGUCUUGGAACAUUUUGAUAUCAGCAUUAGCGAGACAUGGGUUUUUUCAAGAGGCUAGGGAAGCUUUUCACGACAUGCUUAGAUUGGGACAGAGACCUGACCAUGUCACCUUUGUCUCACUCUUAUCUGCUUGUAGUCACGGCGGUCUGGUGGAUGAAGGUCUUGCAUACUACCAUUCAAUGACUAGUGAAUUUUGUGUCCCAGUGGGAAUUGAACAUUGUGUUUGCAUAAUUGAUCUUCUUGGGCGAUCUGGAAGACUUGCUGAGGCUGAAGCUUUUAUUGACACAAUGGCUGUUGCGCCGAAUGACUUUGUGUGGCGUAGCUUGUUGGCUUCUUGUAAAAUACAUGGUGAUACGGAACUUGGAAAGAAAGCUGCUGAGAAUCUUUUCAGGAUGGAUUCAUCAGAUGACUCAGCCUUUGUUCUUUAUUCAAACCUAUGUGCAUCAACUAGAAAGUGGGAUGAUGUAGAGAAUGUAAGAAAGGAAAUGAUUACUCAUAACAUAAAGAAGAAGCCUGCCUGCAGUUGGAUCAAGUUGAGGAACAAGGUGACUUCUUUUGGAAUGGGAGACCUGAGUCAUCCACAGAAUGGACAAAUCAUCAUUAAGUUAGAAGAGCUCAUGAAGAUGAUAAGAGAGACAGGUUAUGUGCCUGAUACAAGCUAUUCACUACAAGAUAUAGAUGAAGAACAAAAAGAGCAUAAUCUUUGGAACCAUAGUGAGAGGAUUGCCCUUGCAUAUGGAUUGAUCAAUUGUCCAGAAGGUUCGCCAAUUAGAAUAUUCAAGAACCUUCGUGUCUGUGGUGAUUGCCACUCUGUUUUCAAGCUUGUCAGCAAAUUUGUUGGUAGGAAAAUUAUACUUAGGGAUGCAUACCGGUUUCACCAUUUUAGUGGUGGCAAGUGUUCUUGUUUAGACUACUGGUAGUGGAUUGGUUUUUGUUGGGAAUAUGAAAUUGAAAAAUUGAGCGAAGAAAUUAAGACCUUGUUUGGGCUCUAUAUGAUCAAUCGGUUGCAGCUUCUGAAAAUAUAUCCAGUGAAAGAUACCGGCUAAAGUUAAUCCUCUCACAUGAUGGGAGGUUAGUUGUCUUGCAUUCAUUUUUACCAAAUGAGGUAAUGUUAUAUUUAUUUCAAAUUAGUUCCCUGGGAAGAUUUAUUAUUUUCUUCUCAUUUUUGAAUCUUAUUGUCAAAUAUGAUAGAGAACAGGGUCAGUUGAACAGCAUAAGAUUUUUAUGCAUGUUUACAUUGUCAUUCUUUUGCUUUGAUUUUCUUUUCUUUCAAUUGACUCUAGGAAAAAAUCUACUUGUGAUUUAAUAAGUGUUUUGCUGUUUAUUUUAUGCUAGGUGGUUCUUAUGUUUCAAUUUUAUUAAUUUGUUGUUUCUUCCUUUUUUGAGUAUUGACUACUUUCUGCACAUUACACUUUGUCAAAGUUUGACUAUCCUUGGAUUGUAAAAAUUCAUGUGUGUCAAAUGUUAUUGGUUAAUAUAACAAGAUUGGUAGUUUUUUAGUCUAAUAGCUGUCUAUGCUCUCUUUAGUUCCCUCUUUACUUAAAUUCCAAGACUACUACUUUAGUCUGCUAUUUUACUAUUGUUGAAUUUUUUUUUUCUUUUCACUUUCUUUAUAGUUGAAGAUUCAAACCCCUUUUCCCCGUUUCUUGGGAGUGCAGAGCUCUAUGAUUACAGUGUUUAGGUCCAUUGUUGAUAGUGCUUUAUGGGAUUGAUUCAUUUGUCAAUGGAAGCUAUUUUUAUUAGUUUUUUUAUGAGAUGACUAGGGUAAUCUAUAGUAUUUUAAUGACUAUUGGCUUACUUGAUUUACAACUAUGUAUAGAUACAUCGGGUUCCUACUAAGUAAAAGUUAACUAAUCCCCCCUCGAGUACUGUUCCCUGUUUCUCUACAGGUAUUAAUAAGACAGGAGACUUCGCCCUUCCCAUAAUGCUUGGCCAUUCUGAAUUGCAGCAACAAUUCUUAUCUUUUUUGCUGUCUCUCUCCCAAGGAUUGUUUGUAGAAAAAUGAGGAAAUAAAGAUCGAUGUCCAAGGGCUUAAUUGCAAAAAGAGUUCUGGAUGGUGCUCAUGUUGGUCGUGAUGACUUUUGGGAGACUGUAUUGUCACAUCUUGCUAGAUGUCAUGAAGACUUUCAGGUUAGUCAUACUGAUUAUCAAUGUUAUUUAGGGGACCCCACCUUGUUUGUUGCCAAGAGCAAGAACUUAGAAAUACUUGUUUUUGAGAUUUGAGUUUUUAAGAGAGAGAGAGAGAGAGAGAGAGAGCUCUAUGAUUCUCAAGAGAGAGAAGGAGAUCCUUGGAAUUGUGGAGGAGUCUUUCAAAUCUAAGGUUAGCAUGUUUUUGUUGUGGAUUCAUUAUUUAUGUUCAAUUCAUCUCCUUCUGCUUCUUUAUACGUUUGUUUUACAAUAUUUUUGCCUUUAUUUUAUUUAUUUUUGCAAAUCUUUAUAUCUGAAUUCUUUAUUAUAAUGCAUUGUGUUGAUAAUGAUUUACCGUAGCGUUUCGUUGAGAUUUUGGUUCCUAGACACUGUCAUGCUGCUUGGAUGACCGUUUGAAUGAAAUGAACCGAUUAAAAGUGAUUGACUCAUUAGAUAAAUUCAUAUAGACAUAUGGUUAGAUGGAUUUGUUAACUACUUGAGGCAGGUAUUAAUUUUAUGGGAUUAAGAUUGGGAUUGGGAAUAAAUUUUAGGGAGAAUUUUAAUAAAGGACUAGGGAUGUGACUUGUUUUCAAAUCACACCUAAUAAAAUUUGAAACUACACUGUAGGAUCCAAAGAUUAAAUUGAAAUUAUUUUUCAAAUGAAAUGGCCAAAAUGCCCUUCAUUUAUUUAAAAAGAACAAAGAAAAACUACUAGCCAUUAUUGCCAAAGCACCACCGAUGGUGACUGAAACCUCAUAGGCGACGGCAACAACUAGACUUCCGCUUCUAGAGCUUCAAUUGCUAGUUGGACCAUUGUCGGCGAUGGCUAGAGAAGUAAAUUCUCUAAAGGUAGCCAAGGGUGGGUUUAGAACUCAUGUCCCUUUGACUUAUCAAAAAAAUAUGGACUACCAAACUAUUGAAUCCAUUCAAUUAUAUAAUGCAUAAAAUUAUUUAUAUAAUAAAUUUUAUUUUGCAAUCACUUGAUUAUUAUGUUACUUGUUAAUUGCAUAAUUUUAUUUGUUAAUAUAUUAACAAAAUUUGUUAAGU